UCUCGCGAGAAGGGGCGCUCCCUCUGUGCUCGCCUAUUGUGAGAGUUUUCCUAAUCUCGCGCGAGCUUCGAAGUUUCCCACGCCUGUUGUUGUGGCGUCUGCCCUUUUCGCUCUCCCUCUCUCUCUCCCUCUCUCUCUCCGAGUCGCUGUUACCCGCCGCCCCCCUUUCUCUCUGUCUUCCUCACCCACCCCCUUUCUCUCCGUCUCCCUCGUCCCUACACCUCCAGUCUGCUUCUGUUGUCUCGGCGGAUUGUUGGGCUGUGGGAGAGGAAGGAUAUCGCGAGUAUUGGAGUUUUGGUGAGAGUUUGUGGAAGAUGGCGCCUGUUGUGACAGGGAAGUUCGGGGAGCGCCCUCAGCCACAGCGCCUAACGAGAGAAGCGAUGAGGAACUAUUUGAAGGAGCGAGGCGACCAAACCGUCAUGAUCCUGCACGCUAAAGUUGCACAGAAAUCCUACGGCAAUGAGAAAAGGUUCUUCUGCCCUCCUCCCUGCGUGUACCUGAUGGGCAGCGGCUGGAAGAAAAAGAAGGAGCAGAUGGAGCGAGACGGCUGCACCGAGCAGGAGUCGCAGCCUUGCGCCUUCAUCGGCAUCGGCAACAGCGACCAAGAAAUGCAACAGCUCAACUUAGAGGGAAAGAAUUAUUGCACAGCCAAAACCUUGUACAUAUCCGACUCCGACAAGAGAAAGCACUUCAUGUUGUCCGUCAAGAUGUUCUAUGGCAACAGCGCUGACAUCGGUGUCUUCCUCAGCAAGAGGAUCAAAGUCAUCUCCAAACCCUCCAAAAAGAAGCAGUCCCUCAAAAAUGCUGAUUCAUCUGUGUCGUCUCUGUCCUCAGUGUGCAUCGCGUCGGGGACCAAGGUGGCGCUAUUCAACCGACUGCGGUCCCAAACCGUCAGCACGCGCUACCUACACGUGGAGGGCGGCAACUUCCACGCCAGCUCCCAGCAGUGGGGCGCUUUUUACAUCCACCUCCUGGACGACGAGGAGUCAGAAGGAGAGGAGUUCACUGUGAGAGACGGUUACAUCCACUACGGCCAGACAGUCAAGCUGGUGUGCUCUGUCACCGGCAUGGCCCUGCCCAGACUGAUCAUCAGGAAGGUGGACAAGCAGACGGCGCUGCUGGACGCGGACGACCCCGUCUCUCAGCUCCACAAGUGUGCCUUCUACCUGAAGGACACGGAGCGCAUGUACCUGUGCCUUUCCCAAGAAAGGAUCAUCCAGUUUCAAGCCACUCCAUGCCCAAAGGAACCAAACAAGGAGAUGAUCAACGACGGCGCCUCCUGGACAAUCAUCAGCACAGACAAGGCUGAAUACACUUUCUACGAGGGCAUGGGCCCCGUCCACUCCCCCGUCACCCCCGUGCCUGUGGUAGAGAGCUUACAGCUAAACGGUGGCGGGGACGUGGCCAUGCUGGAGCUGACGGGACAGAACUUCACUCCAAAUCUGCGGGUCUGGUUCGGAGACGUCGAGGCCGAGACCAUGUACAGGUGCGCGGAGAGCAUGCUGUGCGUGGUGCCCGACAUCUCGGCGUUCCGCGAGGGCUGGCGCUGGGUGCGGCAGCCCGUCCAGGUGCCCGUCACGCUGGUGCGGAACGACGGCAUCAUCUACUCCACCACACUGACCUUCACCUACACGCCGGAGCCCGGGCCCAGGCCGCACUGCAGCGCCGCCGGGGCCAUCCUGCGGGCCGGGAACUCCAGCCUGCUCAGCAGCGGCGGCGGCGGCGGCGGAGGCGGGGGCGGCGGCAUCGGCCAGGAGCCCGGCUCCGCCGUCUACGGCCCCAACAGCACCUCCAACGCGGGAGUCACAUCCUCAUCCUCCACCGCCGCGGCCGUGGUCUCCUAACGCACACCGGGGGCCACUCAUACAGUAUGCCUUGAGAGCAAAUAUACCAUAAGGUAUAUAAAGACUAUAGGAAAUAAACAAAAAAACUGACUCACUCUAAAGUGCUGCGUAUUAAUUUUUGGAUACAAAGAAGCUGACGUGGAUGAACCGGCGGGACGUGGGAGCCGACGCGGGGGAAAUCUUGAAGGAGUGACAUGGCAAAGUCGUCAGCCGACGGGAAUAAAAAAAAAAGUGCUCCUUGACGCGCCCCCCUCACCCUCCUCCCCCUCCCCCCCUCCUCUCCUGUGGUUACUUUAGGGACCUGCCUAUCCAGCCCUGGUGUUUGGAAUGAGUGAAGUUCCCGCAGGCUCAGAGCACCAGCACCUUUCUACAGCUGUGAGAACGGGAAACCACCACAACAACAAUACAUCCACCGUGCACAACACACGAAAAAAAACAAAAAAAAAUCCGAAAGAAAGAAAAUUUGGAAGGAAAGCCGAAUUUUUUUUUUUUUUUUUUGCGCCGCCCUUCGCCUCCCACCACUCGUUUCCCGAUUCUCCCUUUUUUUGUUUCCGUGUCGUUUUGCGUUCGUUUCGCGGGAUCCCGACGGAUGUAUUGUUGUUGGAGGGAGCGCGAGGAUGCCGAGGGACACACAUAAAACGUGACGAUAACAUAGUUUUUAUGGACCAAGGAUCUUGUAUAAGCUUUAGUAAAGGUACAUUUUUCUCCAUACCUUUUUUGUAUUAAACAUAUAGUACACUUUUGUUACCAAAUAGUUUCUAUUCUUCCUCUGAGCUUUGGGCUUUGUUUUCCCCCCUUUUUUGAGGUCCAAAAUCCCAACCUGUAUGUUAUUGUGACCUUACUACAAACGCCUGCUUUUCAGAUUGAUUUCUUUUGAUACUUCUUCUGUUAGGGGGGAAAAAAAAAAAAAAAAUCUGAAGUCUGGGUUGUUUAUUUACAUAAGCGAAGGUUGUUUUUUUUUUCCCUUUGUUUGUUCGUUUGUUCGUUUUUUUAAAAAAAUUGGGGAAUAACCUCAGAGGGCCUAUUUUUUAUCUUUGGUUUUUAUGAAGUCUUUAAAAAGAAAAGCUUUAAGCAACGCCUCUGCCUUGCCUGCAAUACUCUAUGUGCGCUAAGUCUCCUGGAAAGUAUACGCAUCAGUACAUCUCACGUGGAGCCAUAGCAACGUUUGCAGAACAAAAAAAACAAAAAACAAAAAAAAAAUAAAUAACUAGACUUCCAUGGUUACGAAAAACGAGUCAGUUCGCCAUUUCCAGACUAAUGUAACGAGCGUAGUCGUCGACGUAAAGGAUAGCCUUAGUACUGUAUAUUCUUACCGCGUACAAACCCGUCACAUAUCCGCAUCGGUCACCGCUAACGUGUCGAAUAGUGAACGUCGGAGAGCGCACCUAGCCGGGUGUCUUCCAGUGUGUGCUGUAGUUCUGCUGGCAUUUAUCUUUUUCCAAAAAAAAAAAAAAAAAAAACGAAAAAACUUUUCAAUUUGAUGUGGCCUUACUGAAAACUUCAAUUACACACGCACUCAAAAAAACAAAACAAAAGACAUUUUUUAACUGCUGUUUACUCACCUCGGAAGAACCCGAUAAGAUUGUCGACUUCUUAUCGCGGCUGCGCCUCUAGAACCACCUUUACAUGCAAAGCAGCCUUCUGAGGGGUUCUCCUCCAUCCUUGGUGUACAAGUACAAUUAUAACCCUUUUGUUUGUUUCUUUUUUUUUGUUUUUUUGUUUUUUUUAUUCUCGUUGCGGUGCGCGCCACCCCCAUCUCUCUUUUGGUACAACGUCUGACGAGCGCCGCAAAAAAAAGCUCCGCUCGGCCUUCUUCCUUCCCAGCGUCCUCGCACGCGUCCGUGGCGACCGCGUCUCCUGUAGGAGUAUAAAGGCCUUCUAAGUGUGCGUUUCUUCGAAAAAUGUGUGCGUUUUUCCGAACAUAACAGCAAUAUUGUACAGGUCAUUUCGUCGUAUCUUGUCCGCCUGAGCACUAGUUCACCAGCCAGCAAAUCUGUGUGUGUGUGCGCGCGCGUGCGUUUGUUUGUUUGUUUGUUUGUUUGUUCGUGUGUGUGUAAUGGAAUAUUGAGUCAGACUCGCUCCAUUUCAAUCUCCUCUCCAAGAAAACAAACCGUCUUUUAAGAAAAAAAAAAAGAAAAAUCUGUCUUCCACCAGGACCCCGAUAACCGUGGACGAACAUUCAGAGGCAAUACGUGUGAUUAUUGGUGUUACAGUGCGACUGUAUACACUUCUGGGGAACACAAAACGACAACAACAACAACAACAAAAAAGAACUUGAAUGUCUGCUUGAUGAAGUAUCUCGAAACUUUCUCACACGCAAAAAUAGGAACUAAAAAAAAAGAGGAUUUGCCCCGUUUCGGUGGAAAAGAGAUAAAGUUGUGCCCCCGUUUCGCCAUCUUUGCCCUUCUGUUUGUCAUUAAUGUUAAAUGUUUUAUAUUGUAAUAUUGAUAUUUUUUAAAUUAUUGGUACAAAGUUUCCCCUUGUCUUAUGUCGAAAAAGAAAAAAAGAAAAAGUGCAUUAUUGCCCUUGCUGCCUAGGUCGGCCUGUUAUUUUAUAUUUUCUUUUUAAAAGAGGCCACUUCCUGUGCGUCCCGGAACCCGCGGAGGAGCUGAAGGUGCUGCGAGCGGCGGUGUAGCAUCCAAAUGAAUAAAUAAACGGAUAAAAAAAUAUCGGCGCUUCUUCGAGCUGCGGGUCAACCUGAACCCUUUACUCUGCAGGAUGGAGCUCACAGAAUCUUAACUGUAGAUUUUUAAUGUUUUUUCUACGUCUUCUAGCUCUAAAUUCAGCCAGUUUUUUAACACAGCCUCUGCAUUAGCGUCACACUUUCCCCCCCCCUCCCCUCAUCCCUCCAUCCGUUCCCCUCAAGCUUGGAUAUUUUUAGGGGUCUUUUCCUUUUUGUUUACAUGUCGCCUCUUUAGGCCGAACCAUCCCCCGCCCCCCCGGCUCGUCUCUUCCCGCCGGAUGGAGCGGCUUCGUCACAAACCGACACAAACGCGCGGGGGUGGGUGGGUGAUGCAUGCUCUUCAAAAUAAAUGUGUCGCCUUGACAAUCCGAGCUGGCUUACGUUUCUCUUUUAAGGCGGUUUUAAGGGACGGGGGAGGAUGCAGAACAUGUGGGGAUGAAACUGUCAAAAGGGGUCAAAAAACACAAAAAUGAAAAAAAAAAAAAUCAAUAAAAAUGUUACAUGCCUUCGUAAAGGUGCACGCUGUAUUAACUCGGGCGAUAAAGCUUUGAGAGGGAGAGAGAGAGAGAAAAAAAAGAACGCCAUCAUUACUAUUCUCUUUGUGUGUCUGGUUGUUUUACACCUCCAAAAGCAGCUGUUCUUGUGUUUGUUUUAUAAUGAGCUCUGAACAAUGUAUGUAUCCUCUAAUAUGCCAAAUGUCUUUUAUAAUGUAGUUUUCAUGCACUGCUAAACAAAACAGGGCAGAGUGAGAGGCAGCUUUAAACAAAUAAGAAAAAAAAAAAAGGAGUGUGGAGCCCUUCUCUGUCGCACUCAGCCUUACUUCUCCUUAAGACUAUUUGGCUGUUUGCACUACAGAGCGCUAACCUUUCUAUUCUCACUUCAUCCUCGCUCUUUGUCGCGUUUUUUACGAUUUAUUUUUUUCUUGUGUGUGUGUGUACAUUUGAAAUUUUCUCGCCUUCUUCUUUUCUUUUUUUUUUUUUUUGUUAACACGCAGCCCUUCACGCUUAGCUUCGCUGCAGCCUGGAUCACUCUUCUUUUCUCGUCAUUUUCCCCCCUCCUCUCCUUCGCGUCCUUUCACUGUCUCUCACUUUUCUCACUGUAUCUGUGUAUUAUUCUAGUAAAUGGUAAGCAGAGGUGUCAUUGUGGUAGUAUACUCAGUGCUCAAAGGGUUGCUGAUGGUAGAAAAACCUGUGCCGUUUGUAACAUUUAGCAAUAACGUCAAAACAAAGGGGACGGUUUUUUGUUCUUUUUUUUGUUUGUUGUUUUUUUUUUUUUUUUUUGAUAACAUACGUUAGUUUGUUUUUGUACAUAUUGCAGCUCCAGAUCAUGCUCAAAUCUGUAUGUCAUUAAAAGAAGAAAAAAAGUGGAAAAAAAACUUGCAAUAUUGGCAUAAAAAUGACAAAUAAAAAAGUGAUAUAAAAUCUUA